UCCGCGUAUUGUUGGAAGCCAUUACCAGUGUCAACGCAAUAAAAACUUAGUUCACUCCUUGGUUAAAAAUCAGUAAGACUCUACUUGUUCAAAUUGUAAUAUUCGAAUUUAUUUUGAGUUUAUAUUAUUAAUAUUUAUAUCUAAUUAUAAAUUUAAAUUAUUAUCAUCAAGAUGUCAUCACCAUGGGGUAAAAUUCAACCACCCGCGACAGCAGUCAGUCUUACUGAAAUAAUGUCAGAGGAAGUGGCUAAAGACUUACAAAAAAAAGAAAUCCGUAAACACGCAGACCUGGUAAUGCCAGAACCAACACCAGAAGAGUGCGGAUUGUUAGAGCUCGAUGACACGGAUAGUGAUGCAGUGAUUGCACAAACGUUGCAAGCUCAGUUCAAUCGAGAAUAUGACUCAAUGCUUAAACGUACUGAAGAUAAAUUCAAUGGCUUCUCCAAAGUUAAUGUUUCCUAUUCAAAUUAUCGAACGUGUCCAUCUGUCGAACCUGAUGAACGUAAGCCUGAAGUAGACGAGGAAAAUAGAGACUGGGAUAGAUUUGUGAGCGUGGAAAAAGAGUACGCUUCCAUUCCACGUUGCGGAUAUAAGAGAGUUGGCGAGGGAUCGGAGAUCAUUACAAAACAUGACAUGCUGAUGUCAUCCAGAAUCAAUGCUUGCAGAGUACUUGCUUUUCCACCUGGAAUAAAAACAGGCGAUGCUGGCAGUUUUGAUAUGAAAUUGAAUAACAAGGUUUUCAAUUCGUUGAGAGCGCACAGUCAUGCGCAUUGUGCUCGUGAGAAGGCCAAAGCAAGACCUAAUCCUAAACAAAUAGUAGAUAAAAUCCCACUACCUGUUUCGCAAGAUUGACAGACUUCAGAGUAAAGGAAAAUGAAUAUAAUCAUGUUACUGAAUUAAUUCGACAAUGCCUGAAAAUUAUAAUUAGGCAAUUUGUUACUAUGUAACUGACACACAGAACGAGCAGUGUUAAUAUCCUUGAAUAACUUCAAUUCUCGUUGUUUGCUAAAUAAAGGUUUGGGUAAAAUAUUACUCAAUAUUUAAUAAA